AUGGGACUCUUAGCAUCUAUCAGAAACCGUCGUUCCGGUGCGGGAAAACCGAGGCCUCCUCCUCAAGCAUCAACCCAUGUGCAGCAGCCUAUGCCAUAUCCCCCUGCCACAGUUGGUCCAACUACCUAUAACGCUCCGACGAAUUUGACUCCCAUCGAGCAGGAAAACCGACGCCUUCUCCAACUCACGCAAAGUAUGGAAGAAGAGAGAAUGAGAGAGCAGGCCCUUGUAAACCAGAUCGUCGAGGCCGCCUAUCGAGAGAGAUAUGGUGAUCAGUGGCACCUUCAUCUUCAAAAUCAGCACCCGACACCACUCGAGAUCAGACGCAAGCCCGUUCCCUCUAGCCAAUCGACCUCUCGGGACACCAGCCCCGGCGCCUCGUCCCACUAUAGCGGCACUACGAUGAACGAGCACGCUGAGGGAUCUCAGCUGAACACACCGAGUCCCAGCUCCAGCAGAUCCGGCUCCCAAAGCCCUCACAGAAGCGAACAUGAAGGAAGCAGUGGCCAAGCAGACCUUUCUACAACAUUUGUCGACGGGAGCAAUCACUCGCAUGUGGUCAACGCCGGGAAUAAUAUGCACCCUUAUGCUGCAGUUUGGCCUGUCAGCUACGAUCCUCCGCCAUACACUGCCCACCGACCUCUUUCUGUUAUCUCGGAGGAAGGCACAGGCCAGACAGCAGUUCAAACAGCAGCUCGACGUGCACUUCUGCUCGCAGCUCAGAGGCAGGUCGUGCCUGUGGUAGUGAACAACAAGAAGAAGUUGAAGUAUGAACCAGCUCCCCUGAACCAUCUUACUCGAGGAACAAUGCGGAAGAAGCCUAUGGGUACUUCGAAGUAA